AUGAGCUUCUUAAAAGAUUAUUACACUCAAGUUAAUGAAUUCUAUUUGACUUUUAUUAACCGCAAGAAAAAGCAUAUUAUCAAUUCCUUCACUAGUUCGUUUCCUAAGUCAGUUGCUCAUGUUAGAAUUGACUCUAAAGACAGGCUCCUUUUAAAUAUUUCCCUUCAUUUCAAGGGAAUAAUAAGAAUCAGUUCAAGAGUGUUAAACGAAAUUGAUAUAUCUUCUUUUAGAAUCAGUCAACCUCAGUUAAAGAGAUUUAUAGUAUUUUACAAACAUGUUCAAGCAAUAAGAUUUUAUAGUUGCAAGCUUUCAGUGUCUGUUGUCAUGGACUUUACAGAUUUGCUGAAAAAUACAAAUAUCCAGAUUCUAAGUUUCUGCUAUUCAGCAAUACCCAAACAUGACCACUGGGAGACAGAUCUUAAUGAGUUUAUUAAUUUAAUAAAAAGUUUGGCUACUUCUAAAGAUUUAAAGAAGAUGCUAAAGUACUUAAGUCUUACUAAAAGCAUGGCUGAGCCAAGCGAGGCAAGAAAAAUUCUUGAUCAAAAUGGAUUUGAUAAAGUCGAAGCUACAUAUCCAUAUAAUAAAGUUCCAAAAUAA